GAAACAGAAAAUGGCUGAUAAGAGUCACAUGUGUCUGCUGGGACGGAUCAUUCUCUGUGCACUUCUCACAGAUAUCAGUGGAGCAGAAGUGACUCAUGUGUUCUUCAGUUCUGGUGGAGAUGUCCGUCUGUCCUGUAAUAAUGCUCUUUCUGGCUGCACAUCAACUACAUGGAUCUAUAACAGACGUCAAGAGACUGCAGUUGAACUGAUUGCUUUAGGAAUAAAGAAGACUGACACAGAGAGACACGAGAGACUGAGUCUGGGCUCUGACUGCUCUCUGAACAUCAAGAAAGUCACAAAAGAAGAUCGUGGACAUUACUUCUGCAGACAAUAUGUGAAUGGACAACAACAUGGAGCUGAUGCAUAUGUUUAUCUGCAUGUUCUUCAUGUGUCUUCAUCAUCCUCACAGUCUGAGAUCAGAUCAGGCCGCUCUCUGACUCUCUCCUGUCAGUUAUAUUAUUAUGAUCGAGUCUCUUGUGAUACUUCAGUCCGUUCUGAGGGUCUUGAUCUGAUCUGGGUGAAUCAGGCUGGUGUGAAUCUGCAGACAGACUCCAGAUUUCAGAUCUCAUUCUCCUCAGAACAGUGUAACAUCUCUCUGACUACAACACUCCUGAAUGAAGAUCACAACAGAGAGUGGAGAUGUCAGCUUAAACACAGAGAUCAACUGAAGACCUCAGCCACAUAUACUGUCAAGUAUCCAACUCCAAGCGAAACAAAUCCACCGUCUCCAGUCACCAGCUCUAAAUCAGCUGCAGCUCCUACACAAGCAGCUUCAGCUGAUUCAACACUGAUUCCAGUCAGCAGCUCAAACUCUGAGAAGAAAUCAAGUCAAACUACAGCAGCUUCUACAGAACAAGAGACACAGACUCCUCAAACCCCCGAGACAACAGCUACACAGAGAGUUUCAGACCCUGCAGCAGCAGGCUCCUCUUCAUCAUGGCCAGGUGAAAGCAGUGACAGUGAGGUGGAUGUGACAGUGAGACAAGUCUCUCCAUCAGUGAUCGUGAUUGUUGUUGCUGCUGUGUUGGCUGUUCUGGUUACUGCUGUUAUUCUUUGUGUGGUUCGCAAAAAAAGAGCUGAUAACAGAAAAGGGACUAAUAACUCUGUGGAGCAGAAAGAUGAUGUUACUUAUACUGAGAUUGAAACAAACUGGAAAACCAGAGCCAAAAAGAACAAGGUUCAUGAUGACUAUGAAGUGAUUUAUUCUUUCAUCACACAAGCAACAGUUGAACCUCAGGAUGACUGCAUUUGUGGACAAGAACCAUCAGAAAUAAGUUUAACAGUCAUUAAUUAUACAAAGACCUCCUAAUAUCAAUCACAGAGGAAUUUGAACCUUAUCGACUCCUAAGGGUUUCAUUCAGUCCCAUUGUAAAUGCUGUCUGUCACAUUUUAACAAACAGUCCCAAGUGGUGAUCUGAUUGUAAUGUUUUGGUCAGUUUGAGAUUAGGGA